ACCUGCUUUACCGAUCGACAAUGACAGCGAGGCGGACGAUAGCGCUUUUGAAUUCUCGCCGCGACGUCGCGCCACCGUAUCGAGCCGUGGUCGAUGCGCGGUGCGGUUGCGCGGGCAGGAGACGCCAUAUUGAGAGAGGGUGUUGCGAGUGUCGAUGUCGACCGAAUGUGCGAGCUGCGGUGUUUACGCGGUUCCGGGUUGAAGGUUCCGUGAUACGGGUUGCGCAUCGAUUCCGUGGCCGUUGCCUUGGUGCACGGUGCGUCGUGACACUUCGUGACGCGCGCGUGCCAUCCGAGAGACCGGGCGUAGCGGCCGCUGUCAUGAGCGGUAGCGACGGCGAGGACGGUCGACGCGAGAAGAGCACCGCCACCACCACCACCACCAUCGUCACUGGGGAAAGCGGCACGGUCGGAGCGAUGGGCGACGACGGCGGUCCAACCGCGACGGCGAUCAAGCGACGCUGCAACGACGCUGCCGUCGCCGUCGGCGGUAGCAACGAGUCCGCGUGGACGACGACGCCGCGCCGGGGCACGGACGCGCCGAGCGACCACGAGAGCGGGGACGCCCGCGUGUUCCCCGCGGUCGCGGACUACGAUCCCACCGGGUGUGGGACGACUGAUCAGCGCGUGAUCGACGCAUUUAUUAGAGGCGCAAGAGCGGCCGAUGAAGAUCGACGCAAGUCGUCUCUAGUAAGCACCGACGCGCUUGCCAAACUGUACUCCUCUGCGGCAGCUAUGGACGGUCAGUCACGUCUCGGAAAGGAGUCAUGUUCCUGUGAUAAUACAGCUGACUACAAAGCUAAACGAGAUAUGUUUAGAGAGGAGCUGCAGAAGGCUAUGAACUUCCAAAAUCUGUGGACAGAAUUGCGGCAGUACAUACGUACCGACUUUAACGUCGCUCUAGAAACGGCUCAUAUAUUUGAGUCGCUGCAAUCUCGUGACAGAUACACCACGGAUAUGCACAACACUGUUAUCCAAUUAUGCAAAAGAGAUUCCCAUCAACUUUUCAUGAGAUUAGUGAGCCAGGCGCAAGAGUUUGUGAUAGAAGUAAAAAUCCGUUUAUUCGCUCUUCUACACGAUCGUAGCGUGAAUUUAGCUGAAAUUUUUCUCACUGGUCUCUUGAAUGACUACGACGCUCUCGUAUCGACAGCACUUUUAAUUUCUGAAUUAGUAAAACCGUUAAAGAAGUGCCUCAACUUUAAUUUGACGUGGGACUGCUUCAUCAAAAAGUUAUAUCAGAUUUAUGUAUAUAAUGACGCUUUAGUGCAAAACAAUUUACCUACAUUUAUUGGCCAGCUGAGGAAACUUCUGCCGUUGAAAGGUUCCAAAUAUCAAGCUCUUGUUCAUAGAUAUUUAUCUUUCGACGAUGAGAUGACGAGAAUCGGUAAUUUGUGGCCUGAAACAGAGCCAUGGAUGGAUAAAUAUAAUGCAGAACAAGCCGUUCGUAUGACGAGACUUAGACAAAUUAGAGAAGCUUGGGAAUUGUUCACGGCAACACGUAAAUUUAUGGAGCGCAGCAUGUUAAACAAAACAUCUGAUAUCGGAAAUGAAAUGCAAGAGAUCCACGGACAGUUUUCGUCGCUCAUCGCACAUACAUCUGGAAGCGACAGUCCACCUCUAAGUCCCGUAUUGGACUUUAGUUCGGAUUCCAUAGCUAUGCCAUCGAGCAUAGAAAUAGUUCAAAUAUUGUUAGAUGAUUGGAAUAAAGCUCAGCAUCAAAAGUUAGCGGACAUAGCCGGAGCAUUGACCGCAACCGAGGUGGAUGCCGCUGGACAAGGUGAUUCUAACUGUUAUGAUUAUACACGUGCAACGUGUCAGUUGGCGCAAUACGCUAUCAGAUCGGUGAGGACUCACAGUGACAUCUCUGGCGAUACGGAGAAUGGGCUUGAGAAUGGAAAAGGAUGCGAAUGUUAUACAUGCAAUGAAACUGGAAUAGACCAUACGGAUACACAUAAAGACAAAAAUGUCGAAAAGGACGAGAUAAAUUCUUUUCCAUCCCUUAGUAAUGGGUUUCCAGAAAUACCUGAAAGUUGUACAGCGACGCAAGUUAAGAAGAAACUAGAUAAUUUGAAUGACGAGGACAAAAAGAAGAAAGAGCCAGGUACGGCUUGUGAUACUUUGCACAAAUAUACCGCCUCGAAAACACCCGAGUCGGAACCUUGUUUGUGUGUUUAUCAACACGCGCAAGAAAUAGCGGAAAGGAAAAAGGAAAUUCUAGAAAGUCCGCCCUGUCCUUGUCUGUUGAAUUCGAAACGCAAGUGGGACAUAUGCCCUUGCUUGCCUAAAUCCAUACCUGAAACGGUCGUACCGAAUGGUCGUCCCAAAGCGACGUCACCGACUUCCGUUACAAAGGCUAAUCCAGAGCCGAGCCAAAAGCCUGCUGUAAAGACUGGUUCCACGCAAUCUGCCCAAACCCAAACCCAAACGAGGCAUUCUACAACGCAAACUCACAAUCACAGCAUGCAUCAGGGUAGGUGUAACACUCAUUCGCACGCCCACGGACCGCUGCCGGAUCUGACGAAAAGCACAGGUCCAUGCUCUCACCCCAGACUUCGUCCACUUAAUCAUACACCGCAUGCGUGCCACAAGCAAGCCAACGUCGAACAUAUCAAGAGAAUGUCGUGUAACGAUUUGAGUUCAGGAGAUGGAGACUGUUCGGAUUCAGGGAGCAGUCAAGGGGACUCGUGCUCCACUAGUAGCUCCGCGCAGAGAGAUGCCAAUGUGAGACACUGUGACUGUUGCUACUGUGAGGUCUUUGGUCACGGGAUGCCGUCGGUCGCGCCGGUGAGUCGAAACUAUAAGGAAAUGCGGGAACGAUUGCGACAACUUCUGACGAAGAAAAAGGCGAAAAAGUGCAAGACCGUCGCAGCUGGUUGCAGCCCGCAGAAAAGUCCGUCGGAAUCGUCGAUUCCUAACGCCAACUCCGAAGCCAAAACCGCGACAAAUUCGAUUCUUAGAUCGAAUACUCCAAUUUCGACGAUGUCCACGGUCCAAUACGAUCAACGAGAUCAGCGAGAUUUGGAGGAAUUGUUAGAGUUCAUCGAAGGUAAUCAAAGCGGGAAGAAAGACAACAAGAAGGCCGAAAAGAAAGCGAGGCAGAAACAACGAAAGCUUGAAGAAAAAUUAAAAAAGGACAGACAAGAAGCAGAGAGACAAAAGUUAAUAGAAUUACAAAAAAAGACACCAGAGGUGACGAUCACUGUUGUCGACCCUCAAAAGCCCAUACCUCAAAGAUUAUUGCCUCAAUGUAAUUUACCGGAAGUUUCCAUUUUACCAACGUCGCCACCGGUAUCUGUACCCACGAUAAAACAGUUGAACAAUAGAAAGAAAGAUAAGCAAGAAGUUUGUAGCAAUAAUAGUAAUAACUGCGGCAGUAAUAGUAUUACUAAUUUGAGUAACAAGACGAAGACUGCGAAUUCAAACGCAAAAAAUAAGAGUAUUAAUAGCACGGAAAAGUGUGAAGUGCGGAAUACGAAUUCUAGCCAAGGGAAUAAGAAUAACGCGAAAAAUGAUAAAGUUGAUAGCAAUAAAGGCGGUAAGCCACCAGCAAGUAUUAAUAAUAUUACGUGUACGAAAAACAGUUCGAGUAAUAAUGCAAGUAAGUUAGCCAACGUCGAUUUACUCGAUAAGAAGUUGACGAAGAAGGAGAGGAAAAAAUUAAAGAAGGAAAUGCAGAAAUUGGAAGAGACGAAGGCAAGGGAGACCGAAAGUGCAGCACAUACAGAAUCUCAACCGCAAAUAGUUACUAUUAGGAGAGAAAUAAAUUCGAGCAGUGCUGAACCUACAGUCACGAUCACGCUGAAAGGCCAAACCCCGGCCGAGGAUAAGGUUUUAUUUACGUUGGUGAAUGGACAGACUAAAGAACCUUCUCACAAGUCGGAGCAAGAACAAAACCAAAGUAACAGUAGAAAAAAGAAAAAGGUCAAAGCGAUUAACAAUAGUAAUCCCUUGCAACAGGGAAAUAAGUUACAGCAAUCGAAUAAUUCGAAGCAACAGACUCAAACUAAAGCCAACGACGGUAAGAAUUUGAAGCAACAAGCGAAUAACGACAAGUCGAAAAGUGGUAAACAGAUGGACGAGAGGAAAGUCCAACAGCAGAGCGUCAACGAGGUCAAAAGUUCUAAAUCGAAGAAAGAUAAAAGAAAUACAGAGAACAAGGAGAACGUGUUGCAACAGCAAAAUACAGUGAACAAGGGUAAGAAUCAACAAAACGCGACUAACAAGAAGCAGAAUAAAGCGAGUACUCCUCCUCAGACGCCGGUGUCGCAGAAGCAGCAGCAGCAGCAGCAGCAGCAGCAGCAGAACCAGAUUAUAAGCGAAUCCGCGAUUAGUAAGAAAGCAAAGAAGCAGCAACAGCAGCAACAAGAUAAAAAUCCACAAUCGAACACCAGUAAAAGCAAUAAAAGUAAUAAUAACGCGAAUAAUAAGAGCGUAUCGAGUAAGAGCGAUUCUCAAAAGAGUACUAAUGUAAAUAAAACGAAUCAAACUACCGUAAGUAAGCAACGUGCGCCCACGGAGGUCCAAAAUACGUGUUCCGAACGAGUUGGUUCGCCGUCGCUUAGUAGCCAGUUUAAGGAUAUCGGGCCGAACUCCAAGAUCAACAUCGAAAAUCUCAAGUUACCUCCGGGCAUCACGAUCACGAAGGUUGACGCACCACCGAAACCGCUUCCAAUCAAAACGGCUCCUUUGCCGAAACCAGUGAAUCCGCCCAAGCAAACUACUAUCAUCGCCGCGCCGAUGAGCGGCGUUCAGUCGAGCUACGCGAGUCCGCAGGCAGGUGGAAAUGUCAUAGUGGUGGACACGGGCAAGCUCAAGCAAGAUCUACUGCCAAAAGCCAAUGAGAAAGAUUCUCAGCCUCAAAAUACGACUACCGGUAAAAAGAAGAAGAAGAAAAAUAAGAAUUCAGCCAAUUCGGGCAACACGGCAGCCCCGUCGCCGGUGCAAAAUAGCGACACGUUCGUGAGCGACCACGCGAUAGACGAGCCGGCGAGGAUACUGCACAACCCCGGGACGAACAUGGUGACCAUCAGGAACCCGUCGUUCGGACCGAUGAAGGUGCCGCCGACGCAACAGGCUGCGAUCAUUAAAGUUUCGGAGAACGGCAUGGUGACGAUCCGAAGUCCGGCUUUGCAGCAGGCGAUCAAUGCGGGCUUGACGUCACCACCUAAGCCGGAUUACAUAGUCAAGGGCGAUCUAUCGUCGGCGGGCAGAACGACGACGACCGAUUGCGGUCAGCUGAGCGUGAAACACGCGAACGGCGUCAUAUCGUCGAGCCUGGCGGAAUUGCGCAGCCGAUUGAGCGCGCAGCCGGAUUGCGCGUCGUCCUUGUCCGAGCUCGCCAACAUCCAGAUCAGCCAGAUGACGAAUGGCCAACCGAUACCGGAGAACGGCAUCAAUCUCAAGGGUACCAGCGUAACCCUGACGAAGGUGAGACCCGAGAUAACGGGGAAUAUGGAGGACGCGCGGCAGGUAUCGGCAAAAUGCGCCGCGGCGAAGGAAGCGGCGAUGAACGCCGCCUCGGCCAACAACAACAGUGGCGGCGGCGGUGGCGGCGGAAAGAGCAAGAAAAAGAAAAAACGCGGAAGCGGCACGGGGCAGUGCGGAGAUGACUUGGACCUCGUUGAGGUAUUCACGCCCAAAGCUAUAGAGAACGACGAGGAGAUGGACGAUGAUGAACGCGAGCUGGAGGCCUUCAAGCGGUUCUGCCUGCAAUCGGUGCCGCCGCUGCACAAGGAGAAGGUCAAUCUGAAUAUCAAGGACAUCGUGCUGAAGAAGAAAUCAUCGUCGUCCUCGUCGUCAUCGUCCUCAUCAACGUCGUCGUCAUCUUCGUCGUCGUCGUCGUCGUCAUCGUCGGCGGCGGCGGCGGCAGCAGCGACCGCUGUAAUAGCGGCCAAUUGAUUUGUAUAAUGAUUCGCAUAAUGACUCGCAUAAUUCUGCGUUUACCAUCCGCAUGCUCUCUGGCACGCGAUUACUGCCAUUUUUCGGUGAUCCGACGCGCGGUCUAGAAUGCGAUUGCAUCGCAAACGACUCGCGUGUUUUUGUCGACAUCGUCGUCGUCAUCGAUUCCAGGUUUUUACAGAAAGACAAGUAUGUAAUGCCUUUGUAGAUGAAUAUUUAAAUGUUAGCGUUAUUAGAGCGAAGAAACGGAGGGUAUAGGAGCUCUGACGACGGAAUGAUCGUAUAACGAUCGGACGGCGUCAUUGUAUAUGUAUAUCGUUAAAUGUAAUUAGGGAUGUAAGUUUUUCCUCACGGAACGACGAAGUUUCUCUCGCGAGAAGCGUCGUUUCGAAGCGUCGUCCUCCUGGAGGGGGUCAACGGCACACUUGUAAAAAUUCGAUCUCGCCGGACACUUUAGGGAUAUAAGGCACGGUUGUAAAGUUUAAAUGCGACAAUGUUCUCGCAGCUCUGCGAGGUCUCGCACCGGCGAAGGUCAGAGAACUCUUGCGCGACUCGACGCAGAUACACACACACGGAUGUGCGUGAUGAUAGACGGAUGGACGUAGACAUUGUCCUCUUCCUUUCUUUUCUUUUUUUUUCCCCGCGAUAAAAGUAGUUGCGCGUUUCUAUCUACUUAGAGCGUCUAUGUAUCAUCUUUAUGUGUCUCUGUAUCUACAAUUCUAUAUUCUCCUUGUAGGAGUAGCCUGUAAUCGUAUAAGUAGUCUAUACACUAGCAUAGGACGCACACCGAAAAGGUUUAUAUAUAUAUACAUAAAUUAUAUAUAUAAAAUUCAAAUGUACGUCACAAUGUUUCUUAUUGUAUUGUAAUUAAAGUACUUUUUUAUACGGUAAA